CUCUUUAACACUUGAAAUACAAUCUACACUCUUCUUUUGAAGGAAGGCGAUGCCUUGAAGGGAAAGGAUCGACAAGGUUGACGAGGAAUCGGAAGCCAGCAUGAGGAAGAUCAAUUGGAUCCACCAGAAAUCCCCAGAUCUUCUCCCACCGCAUGUUCACUGAAGGGCGCUCCCCCUCCCGCCAGCCAUGGAGGACAAGCGCAACAUCCAGAUCAUCGAGUGGGAAGACCUGGACAAGAAGAAGUUCUACGUCUUCGGGGUGUGUAUGACGAUGAUGAUCCGCAUCAGCGUCUACCCGUUCACCCUCAUACGGACGCGGCUGCAGGUCCAGCUGGGGAAGAGCCUCUACAACGGGACCUUCGACGCCUUCGUCAAGAUCCUGCGGGCCGAAGGGGCGGCCGGGCUCUACCGCGGCUUCCUGGUCAACACCUUCACCCUCAUCUCCGGCCAGUGCUACGUGACCACCUACGAGCUGACCCGCAAGUACGUCUCCCAGUACAGCAGCAGCAACACCAUCAAGUCCCUGGUGGCCGGCGGCUCGGCCUCCCUGGUGGCCCAGAGCAUCACGGUGCCCAUUGACGUGGUCUCCCAGCACCUGAUGAUGCAGCGAAUGGACAACAGCAUGGGCCGCUUCCGCGUGCAGGCCCACCAGGGCAGCCGGUUCCCCGUGUUCGGCCAGACCCGGGACAUCAUCGCCCAGAUCUUCAAGGCCGACGGGCUGAGGGGCUUCUACAGGGGCUACGUGGCCUCCCUCCUGACCUACAUUCCCAACAGCGCCGCCUGGUGGCCCUUCUACCACUUCUACGCAGAACAGCUCUCCAGCAUGAGCCCCAAGGACUGCCCCCACCUGCUCCUCCAAGCCAUCUCCGGCCCCAUGGCGGCUGCCACCGCUUCCACCCUCACCAACCCCAUGGACGUCAUCCGGGCGCGUGUGCAGGUGGGGGGCAAGAACUCCAUCAUCCUGACCUUCAAGCAGCUGAUGGCUGAGGAGGGUCCCUGGGGGCUCACCAAGGGCCUUUCCGCUCGCAUCAUCUCGGCCACCCCCUCUACCAUCGUCAUCGUGGUGGGCUACGAGACCCUGAAGAAGCUGAGCCUGCGGCCGGAGCUGGUCGACUCCCGGCACUGGUAGGGCGCCUGGGCAAGAAAGGCUUCGGUUUCGGAGACCCCCCCUGGACGGUUGGGAAGAAUCGCUGGAAAGCAGGACACGACUGGCCGAUCCCUGCCACCGACUCUGCCCCCAAACCCCCAGGGUCAGCCUGGGACCUCCGCGCGUCCUGAAAAAUGGCGUAAGACUUCCUGGCUACUAAACUUGGCACCGCUUAGUGUCCCUUUUUAUUUUUAUUUUUUAAGGAUGUCGGUUGAAGCGAAGCCGGUUUUUUUUCUUCUCCAGGGGGAUUUGGAUUUUUUUUUUUUUGUAUUUUGCCAGAAUUCCUGCAUUAUUGGGAGACUCACUUUCCCCUCACUUUCCCUGCUGCUUGGAAAGGAUCCUCCGGGUGCAGCCACACAAUAAACACACACACACACAGAGACCCUGUGUUGGAAAGCAGUCCAGAAAAUCCUUCGCCUUGUGAUGCUUCUGAAAAGGUGUUUUUUUUUUAACCGAAUAUUUGGAGAGGAGGGGAUGCACCAACCCCCCCCAACCCCCGGAGUUAUUUUUAUAGCCUUUCUUCCAGAACUCAAUGUGAUCUGUACAUAGAGAUUUUCCUCCUCUUAUUUUGUAUAAACUUGGAAGCUGUCUUUCUGAUCUUCCCUCUCCGAAGUGUAGGAUUUUUGUUUAUAUGUUUCUAAUUGUGUCAACGGUGAUUGAAGGGAAGCGCCCUUCUUGUCUGUACAGUCCUGGUGCCCAACUGCGUGCGUGUGUGUGUUUGUGUGUGUGUGUGUGUGAGAGAGAGAGAGAGAACCUGGGGAGGGGGAUUAAACCCCACCCAGGGAGAGGAGAGAGAGGUGCACUUUAUUCUCCAGGGUUUCUCCCAUGUGAGCGUAGACAAAAUAAUAAUCAGAUCCCUGUUGUGUCCGUCACAUCCGUACCCUCUGCACACAGAGAAGUGAGGUGGUUGUUUAUUUUGGGGGGCUUCAGUUGAAAGGCAAGGCUGGAGAAAAAUGAGGAUAAUGCUAUUUUUGAUCUUUGUGUAAGUGGGACUGAAUCACUGAAUGAAUAUUUCAUUAAUGGGGAGGACGGGGUAGGGAAGGAAGGAAGGGAGGGAUCGGAUUGUCUUGGGAGGAGAAGGCUGAUUCUGAACGCAGAGCAUUGGACUAAGCCAGCUGGGCUCCGAAAUCCAGCCUAAAACCGGUGCAGCCAAGGAGAAAGCAGGGUCCCAACGGACAAACCUCCCCCCAGGCCCAGCAGCAUUGAUGGACUCCGUCCUGCCGCCUGGCCACCAUUUUUCCACUGCUGAUUUGCUGGUCCUGGUUUGGGGGGGAUUCUUCCCCCGAGCUGCUCUUCGCCCCAAAGACGUUAUAAGGCAGAGGGAGAAGCUGCAGUUGUUAGGCUGCAAGUAAACUCGCCUGCUUUAAAAAGUAAGUAUUUGGUGGUGGUGGUGGUGGUGGUGGUGGGGUUUGGAGCAAUGCUAGUGUGAGGUGUUAUUCUCUGCACUUACUUUUCUCCAAGCUACCAACUUCUUAACGUCAAAACAGGGUUUAGAGCUGGCCUAAUCGUGGGCUGCAUAGGGACCUCUAAACACUUAAACACAGGGGGGCCUUAAGCUGCCUGGGGAAUGCUGGGAGUUGAAGUCUGCGUAUUUUAAAGUUGCCCAAUCCUUGAGCAAUCCUUCUAGGUUAAUGGUUUGCAGACCCGGCAAUUUAAGACUUGCGGACUUCAACUCCCAGAAUUCCUCAGCUCUUCUAGGCAGGAACCCCUGUCCUUAGGUAGACAAAAUGUACGUCGUGGAGGAGAGGGCCAGCACGCCAAAGCUACCUGCCAGCCACUCCACCAGGCUUUCUUCUGUGGAAACCACCCCCUCCCCAAAUUCAAGCACGUUGGCCUCUCUUUCCCCUUAAAGCAGAGUUUCUCCACCUCCUUGAGACGGGUGGGCUUCAAUCCCCAGCUGGCUGAGGGAUUCUGGGAGUCGAAGUCCACCCAUUUCAAAGUGGCUGAGGGUGAGAAACACUGGGAAAGGGUGAUGGAGAGUGAGUCCUAGAGAAGGAGAGCCUGUUGGCAAUUCCUGUAGGGCUGGGGAUUUGGGGGGGGGGGAAUGUUCCUCUAAGUGUACAUCUCAUGGUCCCCAAAUCAGCCCUCGGCAGAAGGCUACCCUGGGCCUGCACAAUUUUUAGUC